AUGGACAGUGCAAAAGGAGAUAUUUCACAAAAAAUAGCUUUCGAAGAUUGCAGCAAUCAAAACAAGAAAAAUAAUGAACAAAAUGAGGUAAACGACAAAAUGAAUAGAAAGGAAAUAGCACAAAUUCAAAACACAUCUUUGGAUAAUGGAUUAGAUCCAAUAGGUAUUGAAUUAAUUAGUGCAAGUUUAGAACAAAACAGUAAUAUGAUGUCAUCUGAUACCAUAACCGAUAUGAAAGAUAACAACAUAUUAAAACAUUCAAAUGAAGCAAAUCUACGUUUAAAAACUACUGAAUUAUCAUUUGACGAGUCUAAUGUAUCACAUCCAAGAGAGAGAAUGUCCAGAGAGAUGCGAAAUUUACAAAAAUCUACACAAGAUUCAAAAGUUUUAUCAAACUAUUUAAAUCACUUUGAUAGUCCAAGAAUACGGAAUCGAAAAACGAAAGAAUCGAAUUCAUUAGCUAAUGAUACUGAAAUCAUAAAUGAUAAUGUUUCUUUAAUGAUUGAAAAAGAAAUUCCUCUCAAAAGUGGAAUUACUGAAAAUGACGAUUCUGACUCAACUACCGUAGUUCGUGAUGAAAUUGGAAAGAAACGUCGCAGAUCAAUUUCUAGGUCAAGGACAUCAAGGACAUCUCAAAGAUCCAAAAGCGUAGCUGUAAGACCAAAAUCUUUAUCAAGACUACUUAGCGAUGAAAUGGCUUUGACAAGUGAUAAAGAAGAAAAUCAAGACGAAGAUGAAAUAGAUGACUUAACAAAUACAAUUGUAAUGAACAACGUUAAACCAAUAGAAAACCGUGCACUGAAUCCUCCACCAAAACCUGGAUGGGAUUCGUUUUGUUUUAAAUGUCACUUGGAUAAUGCUGUUUUAUCACUAGCCUGCAGAAAUUGCAAAUGCUCACUACACCGACAUUGUGCAAGACUUUUGCUUACACCUAUACCAAAAAAUCCUGAUGACUUCAUUUGCGCAGAUUGCAUUGAAAUUGAAAAAAUACAACAAAGCUCAUUAAACAAAUAUAAUCAUCCUAAAAUUGAUAUGUACACACUUAAAGAAAUGUUGAUCACUAUAUUGGAGAAAAUACGUAAUACUUAUCCUGAUCGUGAGUGUUACGAAAAUGAGAUUCAUUUUAAAUCAGCAAAAGAAUCAAAUCAACCAUUAAUAGUUACACAAAUAUCAUUAAAAACUAUUGAGGAUAGAAUUAUGAAUAAUUAUUAUAAAGUUUCCGAAGCAUUUUUGCAUGAUAUAAAACAGCUUGAACAUAACUGGACAAUUAUUGAUAAAAACAAAAUGAAAUCUUUAAAGAAUAUCUUAAAAUUUGUUGUAACGGAAAUUAAUGAAAUGGAAGCAUGUGUAUACUGUUACUCAAACUCUUUUGUUAUAAGUAAUUGGUUUACAAUUCCAUGUAAAAGACCACAUUUGCUGAUAUGGGCCAAAUUGAAAGGGUAUCCAUAUUGGCCGGCAAAAGUAAUGUCAAUAGAUAAUCAAAAGUUUUAUGCUGAUGUGAGAUUUUUUGGAGCACAUGAUAGAGCUUGGGUUCCAACAGCUCAUUGCUUAAUUUUUAGUGAAAAGGAUCCAAAUAAGAUUGCUAGAGCUUCAGUACCUAACAAUAAUAGAGGAGCGAGUAAAACACAGAAGGGUAUAGCAGAUGCUAUAAAGGAAAAAGAUGAAUAUAUACAAAACAUUCGUGAUAAAUAUGGGUUUAGGUACGCAAAUUCGCGAGAAUUGCUGAAUGCAGCAGUGUUUCAAAUGCAACUAGAGAAUCAGUUACCAAAUCUUAGAAAAGAAUCUGCGAACGUUGAAAAAUUUGAAAACGACAUCAAUCAAAAAGAAAAACUAACAUUAAAAAUUGUAAAGACUUCUGAUGGUACACAAACAAUAGAACAAAAAAAUCCGAAAAAUAAUCAAGAAAGAGAUAAACAUAUAUUGUAUAGAGUAUUGAGUAGAAAUGAGGAUGGAUAUGAGAGCAGUGACCAAUCUAGAGUUAAAACAAUAAUAUUGAAGAGAAAUGUACAAGGUGAUUCAGAAAAAGCAAUUUCAAAGAGAUUAAACGUGGAAAAUUCUGAUGAAUAUGAAAUUAAUCUAAGUUUACCCGAACAAAAUGAUACCACGGCGAGAAGAAAAUCUCUUAGAGAUGAAUCAAAGCAAAAAAAGGAAAUUAAAACUGUAAAUUCACGAUCGAUUACACCAGAUACACAAUUAAAAAGGAAAACAAAAAUUGCAGAUAUUGACGGAGAUAAUGAACUUUUGCAAGAGCUACUCCCGGAAAGACCCUCGAAAAAAAUAAGGAAACAUUUUUCAAACGAAAUGCCUUUGAUUGUUUCUGCAGACAGUCAUAAUAUACCUUCAGGAACACACGAAAUUCAUUUAUUAUGCGAACGAUCUAUCUCAGUUUCAAAACCCAAUUCUAAUAACCAUAGCUUCCAUAGAAGUAAAUCAGUUGAUAAAGAAUCUAAAAAAGCAAGUAAUAUUGUAAGGCGCUUAUCAGUUAAUUCAACAAUUAAUCGAUCAAUUUGCGAACCUACAAUUAUAAAUAGUAACAUUCCUGUAAAAUCACACUUACAAUUGGAAAAAAGUGUUUUGCAAGCAGAUGACAAUUUGAGUUUGAACUUAAAAAAUGAGCCCUUAUCAGACAACGAAAUUGUCGAACGCGAACAAGUAACUAUCAAUGAUAUAGCUAAGUUGGUUAGUGAAGGUAACAAUGUACGCAAAACCAUUUUAAUAUCAACAAGCGACAACAGUAAUGACUCAUUUCCUUCAAAAUCAAGAGCAAGAAAAUCUUUUCCAAAUUCAUUAGCAAUAACUAGUAAUCGUUCCGUAGACUCCUCACUUCAAGCCCCACCAGUAAGAAAUACAAAUGCUAUGGUGUGUAUACCUGAAGUUUUUUCAUUUAACGGAAUAAAUUCCUCAGAAAAAUCUCAAUCGCUUAGCAACGAUUUAGAUGAAACAAAUGGAUCUUAUGCCAUUCAAAGAAAAUCUGCCGUUUCCUUACAUACAUAUCAAGUUAAUGAUUUACCCUCACUCAUUCCAAAACCGUCGGGAGUUUUUACAAGUGAAGGAAAUACAUUCUGUCAAGAAAGUGGUGCUGUUUCUACACUUUUUUCUGAAAAUGCUCAUCGAAUGACGGAUUACUUUAAAUCUUUAUUAAUUGAUACAAUCAGCGCUAUAUCAUCUGGCGUGAGUGAUGCACAAAAUGUUCUUUUAAAACUUGAGUUAGAGAAGACUAAGCAGCAACUACAUAACUUUAAAAAUGAAAAUCAACUAAAGUUUGAUAAAUUAAAGAAAGAACAUGCUGAUGAAAUUAGGAUUCUUAAAAUGUCUCAUGAUGAAAAAAUUCAAAUCAUUCAACAAAAUAGUGACCAAGAUAAGAUCAAACUAAUAGCAGAAAUACGUCAGCAAUGUGAAAUUGAAAAACAAAGAGCUGUUGAAUCAACCAAACGAGAAAUAAAAAGAGUUACCUGGUGCUCAAACUGUACUAAAGAAGCACGAUUUUAUUGUUGUUGGAACACGUCAUAUUGUGGACCUUCCUGUCAAAAAGUACACUGGCAAACUCACCAAAAAUACUGCACAAAUCGCAACUCGUCAACAGUAGAAAACUCAGUUCAAAAUUCAAACAAUUGUAUUAGACAAAAUGCUAAUAGUUUUGAUACAAUUACAUCUGUUUCAUCUUUGACUAAUUCUCAAUGUAUACCAGUUUCAAUUUCUCUUCCUACUGCUAACCUUUUUAAGAACUCAUCUCUGCAGUUGACAUUGCCAUCAUCAACGUUAGGAAAUUGCAAACAAAUCGAAACUUCUUGCACAAUUAAAAGUCCGGCUCAGCAAACAUUUUUUCAAACCCUCACCACACCUACUUGUGGGAUUCGACAGCACAAAAUACCGCCUGCUGUUUCGUCAACUGAAAUUAAAGCAAAUUCUUCUGCACUUUCAUUUGAGCAAUCAUUAGCCUCAAAUUUGGUAGUAAAAGCUAUUCCACAAAACGAUAGUUCAUCAUUUAGACUUAUAUCAACACCUAAAAACAUUGUUGUAAAUACAACAUUGUCAAGUGGCAGUUCCUCGGAAAGUUUAAAAAAAUAA